AAGGCGAUCACCGCUGUGUUGUUUAGUGCAGGGGGAACACCACGCUGUUGGGUCAGGAGGAAGCACCACCGUCUCCUUGGGAACAACAAGAAACACCACCACGGCACCGGUGCCUCCCUCCCUGUGCGAAGGGAACACCGCGGUCUGUCAGAAUGAUCCUCUGCUGGAAUAAAUAGCUCUGGAAACCGGGAGCUGAACGGCUCGCACUCAGCAGCCAGGCAGGCGCUCGGACACUUUCGCUUUGACUUCUGCGGCCGCCACCGUGACCGUAGGCGUAGCUGCUGCUUCUCUAACGAGGUCCACGCGCGGCCCGGUUUCAAUAAAGGCUCGCAACUUGGGCGCGGGCGCGCGCGCGCUCUGCCCCACCACGGCGCGGUGGUGCUCCGGAGGUGUCCCGUUCGGACUAAUAAUAACCCGGCCGGCGCAGUCAGUGUGUCAGUGUGACAGUGUGUGACAGUGUGUGACAGUGUCACGGUGUCAGUCGCUCCAACGACACACGCUGAUCACUCUGAGGAAGGAGCGGACACGCGAAAAACACAGGAUCUUGUUAAGGUGACACACACGCGAGCUCGCUUUUUCAUGCCUGAAGUCCCUCCAUUAGAGCCACAGUACAGCACCGAAUGCUUUUUGCAGGUCUGGGAGCCUCUGCACUCCUGAGGACCCGAACCUUUUGCUGAGACUCAGUGUGCGUGCAUUGUGUAGAAGACGCUAAAGUCACCCCAUCCAGUGCUGACAGUGAGACCAUGCCUGUCCCGCCACCGCCGCCUCCCCCGCCACCCGCACCACCUCCUCCUCCUUCGUCUUUGCCUUCAGGGCCUCAGGUACGACCGGACCCUCCGAAGACCCCACGAGGGGAACAAGGGGGCAGGAAUGCUCUCCUAGCCGACAUCCAGAAGGGAACCCGACUCAAGAAGGUCGCAGUGGUGAAUGAUCGCAGCGCACCAGCGAUUGACAAACCCAAAGGCGGCCGCACCGAUGCAGGUGUGAGCGGCGGAGCCUCUGGCGGGACGGGAGCUGUAGCUGGGGCCGCGACCCCAGGACCUGCGCUGGGAGGUCUCUUUGCCGGAGGGUUUCCCGUCCUGCGGCCAACAGGCCAGAGAGAUGUGGCAGCACCCCGAUCAGGUCCAUCUCCUGGAAACAGGCAGCCGAUAUGGAGCCCCCCUGCAUCUGAAAGCGGACAAAGCGGAGCACCUGACUCAACCCAGCUGUCCAAACCCUCAGAGAAAGUGAGUCCCCAGCGAUCUGGGGGGUGUGCCCCUACACCGACCCCGGCCUCGCCUGCUUUCGGCAAACCCACGGCUCCAGCGUCUACGGGCACGAGUGCCCCACCACCUCCUUACGAACGGCCGAUGAAAACCCCGCCUGUGCCAUCGUGCCCACCUCCUGCUCCGCCUCCACAAGCCACUAAGCCCACCUGGCUCCCAGUGCAGCCUCAUGCCCUUCCCCAGCCUGCUGCCGCACACCCCCCUCCACCUCCCCCUGCGCUCCCUCCAUCCAACAUCCCUGACAGGUCAUCAGGGGUCUUCUCCCCCCCUCCCCCACCCCCUGUUCUGUCCUGGGAUAGCCACUUUUCUUCAGCUCCACCUGCACCACCUCCUCCACCCCCACCCCCCCUUCCACAGCAGCCUCCACUGCCUAAAGUACCUCCAGUUCCUUCACCAGCUCUCAGGCCUGGAGUCCCACCGCUGCCUCCCUCCUACCCCACCACGGCACCGAGCCGACGACCGCCCGCGGUGCCCCGCCCACCAGCUGUUGGAAGGCUCGCUCCGCCUCCUGCCCCACCCGCUCGGUCCCCCACCACUGAGCUUUCCGCUCGAGCUACACCACCGAUCCCACCCCCGCCACCACCACCUCCUCCUCCUUCGACCUUGAAGAAUGGUCAUCUUCACUCUCUGGAUGACUUUGAAUCAAAGUUUCAGUUUCACCCUAUUGAUGAUUUUCCUCCACCCGAUGAAUUUAAGCCAUUUCCUCGAAUAUACCCUAGCAAAGAAGCACGAGCAAACCCCAAACCCCCUGCAGUUCGGACACAUAUGCGAUGAACAUCUUUAACCCAGAGCCUCAGACGACGCUGCAGAUGAGACAAAGCAGAGCCCCAUGUUCCUAUGAAGACCAUGGAUAUGAAGAACCGAUGGGAGACAAUAGUGGCCAACUUGUCUAUGCUAAGAUUAUCUACUGUGAAAGACUAUGCUGUACUUCCCAGAUAGCAAUUUAAAGUGGGCAUGCAUGUUUAUUGCAGUUACCAUUUUCCGCAGGGUGGCCACCAGCGCGAGAUAUGAUACAUUGGACAUUUACAUCAACACACAACCAAACCAAUGAAGCAGCUAUAGAUUGCUGAUUUCUGAAGGAAGAAUAUGUUGAUUGGGAAUAAAAAGUUAAUUAAUAUGCCUAAUGAUCAGUGCAGACUGUGAGUUUGGACAGCUGCUGCUUUGUGGUAAGAAGAUUUUCUCUUUUGUUAAGUGAGGUGACAUCUAACCAUGUGGUGCUUUUUUGUAAAAUUAAUAAUAAAAAUACACUGUGGCACA